UUUCAGUAGCGAACUUCUGAUAUAAAUUCGACUGGGCCGUAGUUAUCUGCGAAAACCACAGAAUGGAAGGGCUUCUGGUGGAAAAGCAUGUCAAGUACAUCUUAUCAGUUGAAAAGAGUAAAGAUGACAUUGAGUCUGUGGUGAUGGAGCAUCUUAGAUUAAAUGGAGCAUACUGGGGAUUAACGACUCUUGAUAUUCUAGGGAUGAUUAGUGUAGUGGAUCAAGGCGAGGUCAUAUCUUGGGUUAUGCAGUGUCAACACGAAUCUGGUGGGUUUAGCGGCAACAUUGGACACGACCCACAUAUAAUGUAUACCCUUAGUGCCAUCCAAGUUUUAGCAUUGUUUGAUAAAAUUGAUGUUCUUGACAUCGACAAGAUCUCUAAUUAUAUUGUAGGCCUGCAAAAUGAAGAUGGGUCCUUUUCGGGUGACAUGUGGGGUGAAGUUGAUACACGGUUCUCUUACAUAGCAAUAAGUUCUCUUGCACUAUUGCGACAGUUGGAUAAAAUCGACAUGGAAAAAGCUGUUCAGUACAUUUUAAGUUGCAAGAAUGUGGAUGGUGGGUUUGGAUGCACGCCUGGGGCAGAGUCUCAUGCUGGGCAGAUUUUCUGCUGUGUGGGAGCUCUUGCAAUAACAGGCUCUUUACAUCAUGUUGACAAAGACCUCCUCGGCUGGUGGUUAUGUGAACGACAAGUUAAAUCCGGGGGUCUAAAUGGGCGUCCAGAGAAGCUUCCUGAUGAUAGAGAAAAUGGUGGGAUUUCAGAUAGGCCAGAAGAUGCGGUGGAUGUCUUCCAUACAUAUUUUGGAGUUGCUGGGCUUUCUCUUUUGGAAUAUCCUGGACUCAAACCUAUAGAUCCUGCUUAUGCCUUGCCUGUUAAUGUUGUAAACCGAAUCAUCUUUAAGAAGUAACCCUCUGGUCAUGACUAUUGCUGACAGUUCCAUCCCAUUUUCACGAAAUUUAAGCCAUGUAUAGACCAAGCGUACAUCAAGGCUCCAGAGCUCCAGGGCUGAAUACUUCCGUCGUCAUUGCAUAAACAAUCACCAACACCAACCUCUUCUUCUUCGCUGAAGUCGGUUGCUCCAUCAUCAAAAAACAAUCUAGAUCUGACUCCCUGUGCUUCAAUCGAUUGCUCCUCUUUUGCGGUGGCUAGGUUACAGACUCGUGGUGGCUACGAUUUGGGGUAGAUGGGUGGUGAGAUCGCAAUCGCUACAGUAGGGAUGAAGCUUUUGCCGCUUUCGCCAUUCUUCGUCGCCAUAGCCAAAUCGAUUUGGAUCUGAUUCUUCUUCAUGUUCUUAUCUUGCCAUUCUUUUCGUUUUUGUGCAGAGAUUUGGCUUGGGGUUAGGUCGGGUGGCUGGAAAGUCGAGGAGGGGGCUGGGGUGGUGCAGCAGCAGUGGGGAACUGACAGUGGUGUUGGGUUGUGGCAGUGUUGCAGGGGCUUGGGAGUUGUGGUGCAGGGGCUUGUGAGCGGUGGUGCAGGGGCUGAGGGACCUGUGAGCAGUGGUGUAGGGGCCGAGGGGCCUGUGAGCAGUGGUGCAGGGAGGAAAUGGUGUGGCCGGAGGGGCUGAUGUGGUAAAUGUUGGCGGCAGAGGUCAACAGCGGCAGUAGCCAGGUGUGAGGCGGUUGAGUACGAGUGUGGGGGGUUGGGGAGGCGGCAGUUACGGUGGCAUCGUGGUGGCAACCGAUUUUGAUUGAAAUUUACACUUCCGGCGGGUAAUAUUGACAUCGACGGCGGCACAGGCGUCACUGUGACGUCACUGCGGCUGCGUCACUGUGGUGGUGUCACUAUGGUUGGAUGUGGUGACCGGUGGUGGCCGAGGCAGCGGCAGUGACACGAGCGGUGGCCGCAGUGACACGGGUGGAUGUCACUGUAGUGUGUCACUGUAGCAGUGUGUAUAUAAACAAGCUUGUCACUUAUUAGUCACAUUUCACGAAUUUUUUUAAAAAGUCACUUUUUUGCCUAUUGCCCUUUUAUUAGUAAUAUUCAAGACAAAAACCCUACUUUUAUUUUGUAAUUAUAUUGCAAUAUUUAUCAUUAUCAAGCAUUAAAUAUUAAUGUCA